AGACGGACAGCAUCCCUCGUGUCCCGGAGGAGUAGCCGAGCUUUGUUGGUUUUCGGAGCGCUCCCCGCGGUCCCACCCCACCAUCCCCCGAUGCCAUCCCGCAGGUCCCAGGAUCCCGAACCGGACCCGCGCGAGCGCAGCACACCACCGUAACGGACACACUACGACUAUAUUCCGGGAAUACGACAUGACUACGAGCACUACAAUUGCCAGCUGAGCUGGCGUCAAUCAUUCAUAGGAGGUCUUGCUCCCAACAGCAAGCUCCUCUCUCUCUCUCUCUCUCUCUCUCUCCCCCUCUCCCUCUCUCGCUGGUCUUGGCAGACAAAAGCGGAGGCCGAGGGAGGACCGAGCGAGAAAGAGACGAGAGUGUUCUUACCAAGAGUAGGGGGCGACGCAGAGGGCAGAUCAUCCUUGCUGCCGCCUGUGGUCUCGCUCAAUCUCCCUGCGCUGCACUGGCCUUGCAACUGGCCUUGACUCGCUCAAGAUCGAUCUCCCAGCAGGCGAGUGGGGGCGCCAGGUGUCAGCAAUGACGAAGGUAUGGUUCAUAGCAGCGGCAGCUGUCUGCCUACUUCUGUCUAUGCAGAGGGUGGCCGAGGGAUCCGUGCACGAGUACAAUAAUGUUGGACUUGCGCAGAAAGGAAAUGCCUACAUGCUUUACGGUGGCAGUGAGGGUCUCUACGCCACGUCUGCGAAUGCCCAGGGUUCCGGGGUGGCGAAUGGAAAGUCUUACAUAAGGUUCGAUAAUUCUCUUACGUUCCGGAGGACACCAGAAUCAGUAUUGAGCUUCAGUCCUAAGGAUGAAAACACCGGUCUUGUUGAAGCCAUUAUCUUUGAAGUUGCGGAUAUGGACAAGAUUGGAGGUCGAGUACAUGACCAGCGCGCUUUUUGCUGCUCCAAAGACUUGUCGAAAGAAAUCGGGUGCCCUGAGAACGAAGUGAUAAAGCGUGCAUCCGCGGAGGAUCCUAACUGGCCCUUGGCUAUAAGAGUUUACUUUCAGGGUACCGAACUUGAAGCCAAGUUUUUUUUCACAGAUGUCAACAUCACCAAGACGGGCAUGUACACCCUCUACUUCAUCACCUGCGAUGACAGGCUAUCAGGGUUAGUUGUUAGCGGGAAAACUAUGUGGAAAAACCCUUACGGUUAUCUGCCCGGUCGUAUGGCACCUUUGAUGACAUUCUAUGGUUUUCUUUCUCUUUGCUACUUGGUACUGGGACUUUUUUGGUUCAUGCAAUACCUCCGGUUCUGGAAGGAUAUUUUGCAGCUGCAAAACUGUAUCACUGUCGUCAUUGCCCUCGGUAUGGUUGAGAUGGCUAUGUGGUAUUUUGAGUAUGUCAAUUUCAACACCACAGGGUUGAGACCUAUGGGCAUUACAAUCUGGGCAGUUACUUUAGGGGCGGUGAAGAAGACUGUCUCACGUCUACUAAUUUUGGUUGUAUCUAUGGGUUACGGUGUCGUUCGACCCACCCUCGGCGGUUUGACCUCAAAGGUCUUACUUCUUGGAGGAACUUACUUCUUGGCUUCUGAAUCUCUGGACGUGGUGGAAAACGUGGGCACAAUAAACGACCUCUCUGGCAAAGCACGACUCUUCCUUGUGCUCCCAGUGGCGAUUCUAGAUGCAUUCUUCAUCCUCUGGAUCUUUACAUCCCUGUCCAAAACUUUGGAAAAAUUACAGGCAAGGAAGCAGGUUGCAAAGCUUGAUCUGUAUCGCAAGUUCACAAACUCAUUGGCCGUCGGUGUGGUUGUGGCUGUCCUCUGGAUAGGUUAUGAGCUGUACUUCAAGGCCACUGAUUCAUACAGUGAGGGCUGGCAAAACGCCUGGAUCAUAUCUGCUUUCUGGAGUAUCUUAACGUUCUUGUUGCUGUGCGUUGUCUGCGCUCUUUGGGCUCCUUCACAGAAUUCCACCAGAUAUGCCUAUUCUGAGGAUGUUGGCGAAGAUUUCGAUGACGAAUCUGCAGUAGCCCUGACAGCACCUAACGGAGUCGGGAAAACAGUAGCAGUUGAUGCUGAAAAAGCAGCUUCUAAGGAGAGGAAGCCAGUUAACACAGAUGUCUUUAGUCUUGACGAUGAUGUAGAGGAAGAUAAACGAGAGUAGGACUGCCGCGAUCGCGAGCUCCCCAGAAUUGAAGAACGUGAUAAGUAGGCUAUGUUAAUUAGUCAGAGGAGCUGCAUGAUUCUCGCAGUCUCAAUUCAUUACGGAAGUUCAUCUCGCAUUAUUGCUGGAUUGAACUUUUCAGGGAAGUGAUUGACACACUACACCAGCGUUGUGCAACUCACUGCCUGUAGUCAGUUAGGUCACAUCAUUCAUUAAGUCACGGUAAGCUGGUGUUUUCAACUGGCAUAGUUAGUCUAUAGCAACCUCUCUGGGGCGUGCUAGUAGGUGUAAUAUUUGUUCUCGGCUCGGGCUAGGCGAUUCAUUCAACCAGCACUGAGUUUUGAUCACCUGUUCAAUAGUUCUGAAGAGAAGUACUAGGAUGCAGCGUACAAGGAAAGAUUUUCCUAUAUAGGCAAUAACCAUGUCAAGCAGAUGUCGCGAGUUGAUAAUCCAAAUGACGAAGGAGUACAACUGCUCAUGGUUCAUACUGAUAUAUUUUUUCUCUUACUAUUCACAAGAGCCAAAGGAGUGGUACUGAGUGUGGGAAGCUCUGGCCUUAUUCAUGUAACCAGAGAACAAGACCGGUAGUACUGAACCAAUUUUCCUGCAGAGAUUACCAUUUGUAUUUUUUCAAUGAAAAGAGUAAAGUAGGACUUGGACCGAGGUCUCCUUGCACUGGACUGAAAGGACGAAGGACUUCGUUAGUUUUGUUUGAUUAUCUUUCCUACAAUGAAGUGAUCUAGACCA